AUGAGUGACGAAACCAUGCCUGUAGAAUUUUUAGUUAGUGAUAAAAGACUGUUGAAAACCAUAAAAGUUAAACUGGAAACCAACGGCCUUUUUGUUACUCCUAUCUAUUCCGAUAAUGAUAACAAAGUUAUAAAAUCUUCUAUUGAGGAUCUCAAUCAUCCAUUGGCUGUCGAAAUUAACAAUAUAGCCGGUGUGAAGGCACGAUUCCAUGAAAGUGGUAACUUGGAACGUAGUGAAGGACAUUUGAAACACCAAAGUAACAGCAUUACGGAAUUUACGAAGAGCUUUUUAAAAGAUCAUGGGCUUGCUAAUGACAAGAUAUUUUUAUCUCAUUUAUUAGAUCAUUUACCUCUAAAAUAUACAAUAUAUCCACCAGUUGUAUUGUUCAAUAAUUCUACAGUGAGAUCGUUUAAUCACCCAAUCUGGCAAAAAGCAUUCCAACUGAAACUCUUCGAUCCAAAUGAGUAUUAUCGUGAGCUGCUAUGUUUCCUUUCGCCCGGCAAACCAAGUAAAGGCACGAGUCUUCAUCCUAACAAUCGACUACUGACUCAUCUGGCCAUAAAUAACCCUAUCACAGAGGCAGAUGUAUUGCGAAGACCGUUCAAUAUCCAACCGCUUUAUGGCAAAUUGAUUGAUGACAGUAUUUUGGAUGAUAACGAUAAUACGUUAUGGGAAAAUCCCAGUCAAGAACAACUAAACUCAAGCAUAUGGUGUAAGGUCAUACAAAAUGGUGUAACACAAAUCUGGUCACCCGUUUUUACCAUGUUUAGUAGAGGGAAUAUCAAGGAGAAGAAAAGAGUUUUGACUACUUUCCCAGAUAUUUGCAAUAAUGAUGUGGUCGAUUUAUACGCAGGAAUAGGUUACUUCACUUUUAGCUACUUAACAAAGGGCGCUAGGACACUUUUUGCAUUUGAACUAAACCCUUGGAGUGUAGAAGGGUUAAAGCGCGGCUUAAAGGCAAACGGAUUCAAUAAAUCUGGGAACUGCCACGUUUUCCAAGAAUCAAAUGAAAUGUGCGUUCAAAGGCUUACUGAAUUCUUAUCUCAGAAUCCCGGAUUUCGGUUACGUAUUAGGCAUAUUAAUUUAGGUCUCCUGCCUUCAAGCAAACAAGGGUGGCCAUUGGCCAUCAAAUUAAUUUACUUACAAGGAGCUUCUUUGGAAAAAGUGACAAUGCAUAUACAUGAAAAUGUACACAUAGAUGCAAUUGAGGAUGGAAGUUUCGAAAAGAAUGUCAUUGUAGAACUCGACGCUAUUAAUGAGUCAAUUGCAUUAAUUAGAAACCGUGGCAUCAAACUUCAGUUUGUGAGAUCUAAGCUUGAACGCAUAAAAACUUUUGCACCAGAUAUUUGGCAUGUAUGCGUUGAUGUCGACGUUAUAGUAAGUACUUAA